AUGGAGUUCUUUCACUGUCAAAUCGAAAAGAUUUUCCUCACGCACGGCCAUCAUGAUCACUGCUCUGGUAUCGCCAAGCUGCUGAAUUCGAUCGGCGAAAUUCCCGUUUAUAUGAACCAGAACGAUUUCCAUCUAUUUAAAGGCGUUGUCGAGGAGGGCAAAACGCUCGGAUUGAAUAUUCCGAUGAAUUUUGUGAAUGACAAUGAUCUCGUCUCUGUGGGAACGCGCGAGGGACGCGUCAUCACCACGCCUGGACAUACACAGGGAUCCUGCUGCUAUCAGUUUGGAACCUUUUUGUUUACGGGAGACACGCUGUUCAAGAGAUCGAUCGGACGCACCGAUUUAGAAGGAGGCGAUUCACAGGCGAUCAUGGACUCCAUUCAGAAGAAAUUGUUCUUGCUGCCCUACGCCACUACAGUGCUGUGCGGCCACGGACCCAUCACUACUCUGGCGGAGGAAAUGGCAAAGAAUCCGUAUGUGGGUUUAGGAAACUGGAGUGUUUGUUAUAUAUACCAUAAAAAGAAGCUGGAAGUAACGAGCACGUUUGCCCGAGUGGUCUAA